AUGAGCUCUGAUAACGAAGUUGUUGUUGCGAACGAUUCGACCUUGGGGAAUUCGGAUGAAAAUGUGGAACAAUUAGCUGUCAUUGCUGUUCAACCUGAAGUGCCAAACAAUCAGCAGGAUGAAUUAUCGGGAAACGUGCUCGGACUUGGUGAAAGCUCCCCGAGAAAUCUUGGGUUGAAUGUGACUCGCCCAGAUGGAGAUAUCGAUGACCAUGGCGAGUCUGUUAACAACUCCGGCGCUCUGAAUCCUAGUCAACGUCUUGAUGAAACCAUUGACAAUGUGGUAGCGGACUCUCGCAAUUGGCUUGGCCGUGCUGAUCCGGAAAUUGAAGCAACAAACGUUGACGCUUCUGGAUCGCCAUUGGCUGCUGAGAGACCGCGCCUCGGCGAAGAAGAUACUGAAUUGUCAAGAGAAAAUCCAGCUUCCUCUCCGUUAUUUCGGGAUGUGCAGUUAGUUUCAGCCGCUGAGUCGUCACCGUCAACGUCUGGUUUUAACAUUUACAGAGGACUAUUCAUACCACCAAAUGGUUCCAGUAAUGUCACUUUUGUUAUGAUGGUUCCCGCGAGCCCUAAUGCAGAUUCUUCGCAACCUGAAAAUUUGCCAAACCCCGAUGCUGAGUCUGAUCAGCCGAUACAAGAAAAUUCUCAAUCUCAUUCCCAUGAUGAUCGAGAGAUGGCGGAGAACCAUCUUCAAAACUCCCAAAACGAUCCUACUGAAGAUAUGCCAGCAAACUCUUCACAAAACGGCCAAGAAGAGCCUAGCGGUGAGACGCCAUCGAUACCUCUGCAGAAUUCAGAAGAAGGCCCUACAAUCGAGAUGUCAGAGCAAGUUUUGCUGAAUUACCGUGAAGACCCAGAGAAUUCUCCACUAAACCACCGAGAAGAACCGGCGAUCGCUGUAAACACUUUUCUAAACUAUCGCGAGGAGCCUAUGCCAGAAGUGCUAGUGGAUCCCAGUCUCCCGGACUACGAUGAGGAGCUCGUUCGAGGGCUGUCGAUGGAUUCUUAUCCAGAAGAUGAUAAAGAGCUUAUUCGAAGGCUGCCGAUGCAUUCCGUUCUAAACUACGAUGAUGAGUCAAAUGAUACGAUGCCAACAAGUUCAUUGCAAAACUACCGAGAAGAGCCCAGUCGCGUGGUAUCAGUGAGCGCUUUGUUGAACAACCAAAACGGGAUGCCAUCGAGUGAUAUGAUCUGCUAUCGAGCACAGCCAAUACAGGAAAAUGGUGAUCUACCAAUUGACGACAAUUCGGCUCCUCUCGCAAAUGAACCCGGCGUUCCGCUUUGUCUUCUUAGAUCAAAUCAUCGAUUCAAAUUUUUGCCAAGAGCCCUCAUGAAGCCAAAUCCUUUCUCAUUGCUAGCCCGCGAACUAGCCAAUGUACAACGAGAUGAGCAACAAGAAUUUCCAAAAUUUUCGCCACCGACGGAACCAUUACGUCCGGUUUAUCCGAAGACGUCGAUAUACUCUCAUUCAAAAGGAAGUUAUCGAAUGACUUCAGCAGGCGUCGUUGAUCCAGCACCAACUGUGGCACCGACAUCAAACGUGGAGCCGUCGCCAGCCGAUGAGCCAACGCCGGCUGCGGAAGAGCCAACUAAUGAGCCUUUUGAUGCCAUUCCACGUAUUCACCAAGGCGCAUUGUUACUCUUGGUGGAUGAAGUAAUUCGAGAAAAUGGGUCAGUCAGUCCAAGGGAGCUGUAUCUUCGUUAUUUUCGCAUUUUCCACACUCGCCGUGAUCUCGAUGAGCAAGCUAUGACCCAAGGUGAAGAUCCGCAAAGUCUUAGAAUAAUGCUAUCAAGGACAUUCGAAAUAAUUGUCUCGAAUAUGAUAGAAGUCCAGAGGAAUAGAAAUUCGUUACGUUCGGAAGAUGAACAAACCAGUUAUCCGUUCCUUGAAGAGCUACAAGUUCCACAAGCUGUGGUAAAUCAAAUGAGACGAUCAGCUGCGUCACCAAUGCAAGCACCACCGGAUCAUGAAUUGCACUACAUUCCAAGAAAUGUUGGAGCCGUAUACAUUCUGAGACAGGGCUUGAUUCUAGAAGGCGCUCCUGACGACGACGGGGACGACGACAGCAGUGAUAGCGAUAGUGAUGACAGCGGUAGUGAAGGAGAGUAUGAUUACAUUAAUCUUUGGGAAUGGAGCCGCUACAACGAGCCAAGACCGAAUCUUUUCGGACCAGGACAUUCACCAUUUCAAUUUGACAACGAAAGCUAUGAAGAUGAUGAUGAGGAUCAAGAAAUGGAGCAUGACAGAAGCGGCGAGCACGAAGCACAGAAUAAUCAAGAGACUCAAGAAGAUCAAGUCAAUCAAGAAAAUCACGACGUGCAAAUGAAUCCAAUCGAGGAACUGAAUCAAAUGAAUGACAAUGAAGGGGAUGAAAACCUAGAUGAAGAGGAUGAAUCAAUGGAAGUCGGAGAAGUGCUAGAAGCGAGCAACAGUGAAGGAUCCAAUAUUGACACAACGGUGAACUGCGCACGCGUGCGUCCAAUGACAGAUGCUCAAAAAUUAAACAUGUUGCGAAAAUGGAUUCGUAAAGUGAUUAAUGGAAGUCGACAAAUAGGAACAACAAUCAACAUGAGAAAUUUCCCCAUCAUGUUCCUAGAUGGUGCAGAUAACGCACCUGCCGAAGAUCUUGCUCACUAUGAAAGCGUUAUGAAUCAAGUUUUUUCGAAGCUUCAAACCAUUUCAAGAUGUUGGACGGUGCCAGUGUUUGAGCAAUUUAAGAGAAAUUAUGAAAUUCGUUGCGGUUGCUACAUGGAGCAUAUGACAUUGGAUGACCUUGUUGAUAUGGCCGUUUCCUACAAAAGAGAUCUUGAUAUGGUGGGAUAUUACGGCCAGUCACUCACUAAUGAACAAUUGUUUGCGAGAUUUGCAAAUUAUCAAUCCUAA